AUGGAGGUCCUCAGUCCAACAGUUCACAUAGAAUUGAAUUCUGCCAACAAUUAUGUGAUCCUGGAAGCAACUUCUUCCCUAGUUGAGGAUUGUUGUGGUCAACACCUUGACUGCAGCCUUGUGAGAUAUGAACUCAAGGACCCAGCUGAGUCGUGUAUGUGUUGCAGGAAGGGGGACCCCUUCCAGGGCCCGAAACUGGGCUCUUAUCUAACACUCGGAAAUGAAUUGUCUGAGGAGACACAUGGUCUGGCAAACCAAGAGAUUUUAUUGGGAACGGGCACCCGGGCAGAGAGCAGGAGGGACCCAGGAGAACUGCUCUGCCACGUGGCUCACAGUCUCGGGUUUUAUGGUGAUGGGGUAGUUUCUGGGUUGUCUUUAGCCAAUCAUUCUGACUCAGUUCUUCCUGGUGGUGCAUGCCUUGUUCAGCCAAGAUGGAUACCAGUGAGAAGUGAAGGAGUCUUUUGGGCCUAG